GCUAGGAAGUGUCUGAGGCCCGAUUUGAACUCAGGAUGAUGAGUCUUCCUGACUCUAGGCCAGGUGCUCUACGCCCUAUGGUGCUAACCUAGGCUCCUACCAGAGCUCUAUGGUUCUUCCUUGUCGCCGGCCAUCUUCCCAUCUGCCAAAAUCCAAGCCCAUUAAGUGCCACUGGCAGACCACAACUGAGGGCCCAGAAACCCACAGGGUGUAUCCUACUGCCCCCCACCAACCAUCAAUUAAUAUUAAUGAGGGGUGGAACCCCGACUGGAGCAUGUCCAGAAGUAGGGCAGCUGACCACAGGUCCAUGAGCAGCCACCAUUCCUUAGUGAUCCUUCUGAGCUCCUCCCCAGGUCCCCCAGAGGUGCCUGGAGAUCCCUGGGAGGUAGGCCCCGCCCUCUCCUCAACCUCAAGCUUUAAAGGGCCUCCCCACCCCCCCAGGCCCCAGAGCAUCCCCAAUGGCCGUUCAGAGGGUGACCAUCCAACUGGUGGAGGAGGAAGAUGGAGACUUUGGCAGUCCUAUCUGCUUCCGUGGGCAGUGUUACCACUCCCUCCAGGAGAGCUGCCUGCAGGCAGGGGCCCUUUUCCUGGACCCCUGCUUCCCUGCUGGGCCACCUGCUCUGGGGUAUGACCAGUUGGGGCCCAACUCAGAGAAGGCCAAGGGCGUGGAGUGGCUGAGACCUCAUGAGUUUUGUCAGAAUCCCCAGUUCAUCUGCGAAGACAUGGAUCGGACUGAUGUGUGUCAGGGCAGCCUGGGUAACUGCUGGUUCCUGGCUGCAGCGGCCUCCCUCACUCUGUACCCUCGCCUCCUCUAUCGGGUGGUGCCCCCCAGGCAGAGCUUCCAGUGGGGCUAUGCUGGAAUCUUCCACUUCCAGCUAUGGCAGUUCGGUCACUGGGUGGACGUGGUGGUGGAUGACAGGCUGCCCGUGCGGGAUGGGAAGCUGCUUUUCGUCAGGUCGGCCCAGAGAGCUGAGUUCUGGGCCCCACUGCUCGAGAAGGCCUAUGCCAAGGGAGGGGGGUUGCCUUGGUUUUCCCACAGGCUCCAUGGCUCCUAUGAGGUGAUGCGAGGCGGUCACAUGAAUGAGGCCUUUGUGGACUUCACAGGCGGUGUGGGGGAGGUCCUGUACCUACAACCAGACACUCCUGUUCUCUUCUCUGCCAUCCGGCAUGCCCUGGCCAAGGAAUCACUUGUGGGGGCCACUGCCCUGAGUGACCGGGGUGAGUACAAGACGGAGGAAGGGCUGGUGAAAGGUCAUGCAUACUCCAUCACAGGGACCCACAAGAUGUCCCUGGAAUUCACCAAAGUCAAACUCUUACGACUUCGAAACCCAUGGGGCCGCGUGGAAUGGAGUGGGGCAUGGAGUGACAGCUGCCCCCGAUGGGCUGCUCUCCCUGAAGAAUGGCGCGAUGCUCUGCUGGUGAAGAAGGAGGAUGGAGAAUUCUGGAUGGAGCUGGGUGACUUCCUGAAGCACUUUGACACUGUCCAGAUCUGUUCAUUGAGCCCUGAGGUGCUGGGGCCUCAGCCCAAGGGGGGCGGCUGGCACGUCCACACCUUCCAAGGCCGCUGGGUGCGAGGCUUCAAUGCUGGUGGGGGCCAGCCAGGCAGCGGUGAGGCCCCGAGUGUAUGGGGAGGGGGGGAUGGCCCAUGGGACAGAGGAGGGCAGUCCGGGCUGGGAGAGACCAAGAGGCCGACCUCUCCCUUUCCCCCUGAAACAGAGACCUUUUGGACAAACCCCCAGUUCCAGCUGACGCUUCAGGACCCGGAUGAGGAAGAAGCAGAGGACGAUGAGGGGGGGCUGGGCGGUGGCUGGGGGACUCUAGGGGCCCGGUCUGGAAGGGGUGGCCGGCAUCCCAAGUGCACCGUGCUGCUCUCCCUGGUCCAGAGGAAUCGGAGGCGGCUUCGAGCCCGGGGCGUCACCUACCUCGCUGUUGGCUUUCACGUUUUCAGGAUUCCUGAAGAGCUCUUAGGCCUGCAGGACUCCCCCCGGCGCCGGGAGCUCCUGGCCGGCCUUCUCCGGGCCGACCGGUCCCCAUUCAGCGUCCGCCGAGACGUCAGCCGCCGCUGCCGCCUGGCGCCAGGACAUUACUUGGUCGUACCGAGCACCGCCCAUGCCGGAGAGGAGUCUGACUUCACGCUCCGCAUCUUCACAGAGCGCCAGCAUGCCGCCACGGAAAUAGACAACGCCGUCAGCGCCGACCUGCAGGUGCUCACGACUCCCUCUGUACCACUGGAGUUUGAAAUGGAACAGCUGUUUCAAGAACUGGCUGGAGAGGAAGAAGAGAUGGGUGCUGACCAGCUGCAGACAUUACUCAGCAUAGCUCUAGAGCCUGGAGAUCGGGCCAGCCCCUGGACUCACCCACCUGGAGAGAUCGGGCUCCGGACGUGCGAACAUCUGAUACACUGUUUCGGACAAGGAGGGCACUGUUUGACACUGUCAGAGUUUCAGCAGCUGUGGUAUCGAUUUCAAGGGUGGCAGGCCACAUUCAACAAGUUUGAUGCUGACAAAUCCGGGACCAUGAAUUCUCAUGAGCUGAGGCUGGCACUCAAUUCAGCAGGCUUCCAGCUUAACAACCAGCUGACCCAGCUGCUCACCAGCCGAUACCGUGACAGUCACCUUCGGGUUGACUUGGACCGCUUUGUGUCCUGUGUGGCCCAGCUCACCUGCCUCUUCCGUCACUGCAGCCAGCAUCUCAGUGACGGGGAAGGGCUCCUCUACAUGACUAAGAGACAGUGGAUGCAACUGGCCACUUUUUCCUAGAACCUUUUCUUCUUGGAAGGGGACAAAGCACAGUGAGAGAGGGGCCACGGCCUCCUUCGAGAAUGGGAACCCAAAAGGAAUGCCCCAGAUUUGGACUUCCUCUCCCUUGUCAAAAGGACAACCAGGCAGGGAGGGAGUGGGAGGGCAGGCUGUAGCCAACAGUGUUACCCCGGACAAGUGUCCAGCCUUGGGGACUUUCUGAAAUGCCCCAAGCUCUAUGUGGCAAAGACACCGAGCUCUUGGUGAGCUGGCUCUAAUUAAUUUUCCUUUCCUUACAAACAUUUCGGCCUCUGACCUGGAGUCUAAAACACUAAAUAAACAGAAAAGAGAGACAGAAGUAGAGUGCAUUUGGGAAAUUGUUCUUAAAAAUAUUACACAUUUUAUUGUCCUGUUGGUUUUUCCAGAAAAAAAUUAAUGAGAAUGAACGCCCAAAAUAGAAAGAACAAAACCACAAACAGAAGCAGCCAGCCCAGCCUUUUUCUCCCCUAAGCCAGGCCCCCAGACCCUCCCAUCAGGGGGAAUCCCCAAAGACUAGUCCCUGACAAAAGACAACGAAGAGGGAAAACAAUAAAGGGGUGAGGGAAGGGGAGAAGGGAAGGGCAGAGGGGAGUUAGGAUAAUCAGCUGAUAGCUUAAUUACAAGACCAAGAAAGACGGCAAAUAUAUGUUGCUAGGUGAAUAUAUAUUUAUAUAAUAAAUCCGUAAGUUAAUAAAGUAAAUAGUAACUCUCUGAAAGUUUUUAAUUAUUUUAAAAGGUUUUUUUUGUGGGGGUUUAAUUUUU